AUGGUCAAUGUGCUUUUCCAGUGGAGGCCCAAGAAGAUGAUAAUUAUAUGGGCAAUCAAUUCCAAUUUUGCCAAGGUCGGCCAAUUGGCCAAGAAGAUGGAAGAUAAAGCUGAAAAUCAAUUUAGGGCUAAUACUGAGGUUAACCCUAAAGAAGAAUGUAAAGCUAUUGAUAAUUGCAGGGUUAUUUUGAAGAAAGCACUUCCUUCGAAAGUUGAAGAUCCAAGAAGCUUUACUAUUCCUUGCAUCAUUAGGAAAGUUAAAAUAGAGAAAUCCCUAAUUGAUUUAGGGUCCAGCAUUAAUUUGAUGCCCCUAUUUAUGCUUAAAAGGAUUGGUGGUCUUGAAGUUAAGCCGACGAAGGAGAAUUUUCAAAUAGCGGAUGGAUCUACUAAGAAACCCUAUGAUGUAGCGGAAGAUGUCAGGGUUCGAAUAGAUAAACUUGAAUUCUUGGUUGACUUUGUGGUGAUGGAGAUGGAGGAAGAUGAGAAUAUCCCGAUUAUUCUUGGAAUGCCAUUCAUGAAAACGGCCAAGGUAAGCAUCAAUGUGGAUGAAGGGACGAUAGCGCUUAAAGACCAAGAAGAGAAGGUGAUCUUUAAUGUCUUCAAUGUUGAGCAGUAG